UUCCGCCAUUGCUUCUUCUUCACGCCUCUGUCGAAUCCCCUCGAGCCGCGUGUAGGUUGGCGCGAAACUCGAGUUCCUUGCCUUGUUCGUCCCUCCGAGUAGUCGCCGUAGGCAUCUGCCUCCCCCUAAGGAGGACUCAUAUGCAGCGAUCAGAAGUUGUAUAUAAUUAGACAGGGAAGAAUGGCGAUCACCAUCAGGCAGCAGUCGCCGUCACCACCAGCGAUCUCACAUCUGCCGCAUGCAGGGAGCUUCCUGAAAAGCUACAGCAGUAAUGCCCCAGAUUGGCUGCGAGCCCGCCGAGGACUAGCGGUUCAGGUAGCUACUGGUACUUGCUGGAUGCUCCUCGCUGCAGCAUUGUUGGCGCUACCCUAAGAACUGGAACUUUUAACGGCUGCUCGUCGAUUAGAUAGUCGGAACCGGAAGCAUGAUGGAUUUACUCGCUUCGGCGGUGGUCAAUCUGCCCGCUCAACCCGGCAUCUUCGGUGGUCAGCUGCCCGUUGCUUCUGCACCGUUAGAUGCUCCUUUCAACGGCUCCGACUUCUCCGCCUACAAUGCCACCUCCAUGUUCAACCUGACGGCUAUCCGUCUGCACAACCGGCCGGCAUUUUUCCUCGCGCAAACCGUCAUCAAUGCCACGCUCUCGCCAGUCUCCCCUCUCCACCCUUUCGCCACUACCCUCGUCGGCGCCGCGUCGCCUAUCCUGGACGGCAUUCUUCGUCAGUAUCUGCAGAACGAUUUCUUCGCGGGCAGCUUAUGGCUCGUCGCGCUCGGGUUACUCGGCCGGACCCUGAUGUCCUACUGGCAGGUUCUAUGGAGCCUCCUAAUGCGGCGCGGGAACGUGUCUAUUAGCAUCUCCCCGGAGACCCAGGCGUUUCAGUGGCUGGAGGAGUGGCUGGACUCUUACAAGACAUUAAAGCCGUCGGAAUACUCCCUGCAGAUUAAGUGGCAGGACAAUGACGGAUCGGGCUCAAAUCACGAGAAGCCUGAACUCAAAUUUAUGCCCAAGCUCAAAGCUGCCCAGCAUAUCACCUUCCAGGGCUCAAAAGUUUUCUUCCAGAUGAAGAACAGCCCCGGGCAGCUUGACAGCGAGGCGGAAUUUUCCGAGCUGAUCCGGUCAAUGGGUCGGGAAGAGCUGGUGAUAGACGCUCCCAGCAAAGUCGUGCUACAGGCGGUGCUACAAGCCGCUACAGAUGCAGCCAUGGCAAAGCAGCAGGAAGAGCAAAUCACAGCCGUUCAUCGCUGGAACUGCAAGCAGUUCAACUGGCGGUGGUUGGGGAACAAGCAGGUCCGUCCAAUGUCCAGCGUGGUCCUGGAUUGCGACACGUCAGCACUGCUGGGCGACGCGAGAGAGUUCCUUGCAGCCGCCAAGUGGUACUCGGACCGGGGGAUUCCCCACAGGAGGGGGUAUUUGUUCCACGGGCCGCCCGGGUGCGGCAAGACGUCCCUAAUUCAGGCCAUGGCGGGGGAGCUGGGGCUGGGCGUGUCGGUCAUCAGCCUGUCGUCGUCUGGCAUGAGUGAUGACUCGCUGCACACGGCCAUGGCCAACUGCGACCAGCGCAACCUGGUGGUCCUGGAGGACAUCGACGCCGCCUUCACCGCAGACCGCUCCAAAGCCGACGGCAACUGCUCCGACAGCCUGUCCUUCUCGGGGCUGCUGAACGCCAUCGACGGCAUCGGGGCGCAGGAGAAGCGCAUCCUCAUAAUGACUACUAACCACAUCGAGCGCCUCGACCCCGCGCUCAUUCGCCCCGGCCGAAUCGACUACCGCCUGCUGCUGGACCGUGCCACCCAGAGCCAGAUCGCGCAGCUCUUUCUGCGCUUCUUUCCGGAUUCGCCCUCAGAGGUAGCGGACGGGUUUGCAGCGCUGUUUGGGGAGCGGGCUGUGAGCCCGGCUUCAGUCCAGGGCUUGCUGCUGCUGCAUAAGGAUGACGCUGCUGCCGCUCUCGCUGCUGCUCCUGCCUUUGCUGAGAAGAGCGGCACCUGUGCUUCUGACUCUGCUGCUGCUGCCCUUUCUGCUGAUGCUGCUGCAGCUGGAGAGGUUGAUUCGGCUUCCCCUGCUGCUGCUGGUGCUGCUGCUGACGUGGAUGCCAUAGACUCCAGCACCACCAAUUCUAGCUGUCUUGGUGGCAGUGGCUGCAGCAGCAACGGCAGCCCCAGCAGCGAUUCUGGCGAUCCUUGUGCUGAUAGCCCGAUCUCAACCACGGGAGGGGGGAAGGGCUGGAUCGCUGUGGAUGAAGCGAGUGAGGGGGGGAGCGAGGAGGAGGGAGAGAGGAGUGUGAAGCAUGGGCAUGGGGAUGGGGGGAAGCUUGGAGGGGAGGCGAGCAAAAUCUUGUUCUCGUUGAGAGGUGCACAGUUUGGGGUGCGUGACUUGAUGUGGGGUAGGGUUCGUGGGAGGCGGUUGAAGGGAGAGUAACGCGGGAGGCAUGGAAGAGAAGAGAACAGGAGUUGGACAAACGAGGUGUGGAUGAGGGGCAUGUGGCUAUAUGGGGUGCGAUUAGUGCUUAUUUUUUGCCGCUGGUACUCGUGUCACUGGCCGUGCCUAUUUUAUCAGAGUAAUUUACUCUGUUUCUCUGAAAAUCAGAGUCGUUUUUGAAAACUACUCUAGGUGCCCUGAGUAAAAAAGUUGAGGUUUU